AUGCUGCCUCUUCGAUCGAGACUGGCGUCGUUUCCGCGACCGACCUUGUUCUGUAGGGGCAAUGCCACCCUCGCGGCCCCAAGGCAACCCUUGACCGGGCUUCGGGUUCUUGACAUGUCCAGAGUUUUGGCUGGGCCAUAUUGCGCUCAGAUUUUGGGUGACUUAGGAGCCGAGGUAAUCAAGAUCGAACAUCCUACGCGAGGCGACGACACGAGAGCUUGGGGACCUCCCUAUGCACCAUAUCUGGAUGGCCGAAGCGGGCAAGGGGAGAGCGCUUACUAUUUGUCGGUCAAUCGGAAUAAAAAGUCUCUGGCUCUUUCAUUCAAGGAAAAGGCCGGUGUCGACAUUAUAACAAAGCUGGUCAAGAACUCGGACGUAUUGGUCGAGAAUUACCUACCAGGAAGCCUCAAAAAGUAUGGCCUGGACUAUGAAAGUCUGGCAAAGAUUAACCCUAAACUCAUCUACGCGAGUAUCACGGGUUAUGGCCAAACGGGGCCGUAUAGCGACCGUGCUGGAUACGAUGUCAUGGUGGAAGCGGAAAUGGGCUUGAUGCACAUCACAGGACCCCGAGACGGACCACCAGUCAAGGUGGGCGUCGCAGUCACAGAUCUCACGACCGGUUUGUACGCAGUCAACAGUGUCUUGGCUGCCAUCAUUGAGCGAGGGCAAUCCGGUCAGGGGCAGCACCUUGAUGUGUGCCUAAGCGAUUGCCAAGUUGCGACCCUAUCGAACAUGGCCCAGUCGGUUCUGGUGACGGGCAAGAGAGAUGGUGGUCGCUACGGCACAUCUCAUCCUUCGGUUGUUCCAUAUCGUGCGUUCCGUACCAGCGAUGGGGAUAUUCUGAUUGGUGGUGCAAACGAUAGACUCUUUGGCGUCCUUUGUAAGUGUCUAGAGAAGCCAGAGUGGGCGAGCGACGAGCGCUUCUCAACCAACUCUUCACGCGUGGCGAACAGAGAGGUUCUAGAGAAGUGGAUAGAGGACACGACAAAAUCCAAGACAACACAGGAGUGGCUCGACACCUUUGAGGGCACAGGUCUUCCAUACGCCAAGGUAAAUGACCUGAAGGAUACACUUGAUCAUCCACACGUUAGGGCGAGAGGGAUGGUUAAAGAGCUAGAUCAUCCAGCGCUGGGAAAGCUCAAGGUCCUCAAUAGUCCAGUUCAAUACUCAAGAACUGGACCUUCUAUACGAACUCCUCCACCAUUGCUGGGACAACACACUAAGGAAGUUCUGGCCGAGGUCCUGGGACUUGACGCAGCUGAGAUUAAGCAGUUGGAGCAUGACCAGGUGGUUAGUGUAAAUAAAGGUUUAUCGUAG